UAAACCCAUUUUUUACUGUUUCUUUGUUCUCUCUGUUCGCGUAGUUCUUAAAUCAUAAUCAUUUGCUUUAUUAUUAUUAUUAUUAUUAUUAUUAUUAUUAUAUAUAAAUUAAAAAAUAAUAAUUAUGCUACAUGUUCGGAGAAAUGUCUCAAAGAAAAUUGGGUUUUGAAGGUAAAAUAUAUAAUUGAAAGAUGCACGGAAGAAAGGCGUACGAGCUGGUGAAAGAGUUUGCCGAUGGUGAAAAAGGGCAUCUCAAGAUUUUCAAUAAUGAGCUGUUUGAACGAGUGAUUGAAGAAUGCAAUGAACAUCAUAAUGCACUUCAGUCAUUGAUAAGGAAAAUGCAAGAGGAGGGACUGGAAGUCCAAACGGCUAGAAAUGCAGACCACUAUGGAGCACUCAUUCACCACCUUUCUCUAAUUCGCAACAAGCGUUGCCUAAUGGCAUAUGUGUACAACCGAGCAGAAAUUAUAAGAGAGUUGGCAUGGAAAGUAGGUUUGCUUCAUGAACUUCCAGGUGAAAUUCAAGAAAAGUUCAGUGACUCAGAAGAACAGUAUUUCAAAGAUCAUUCUAAGUCUUUGAAAUCAUACAUGUCACAACUGAGCCUUGAUGUGAAUGUGGAUAUGGUGCCUCCAAAAGAUCCCUACAUCAAGGUAAGGGUGCUUGAAGAUUUGGGUAGUGGAAUAAUUCUCAGUGAUAAAUCUGCCAAUUUUGCUCGUCACUCAAUGCACUUUCUCAAACGAACUGAUGCCGAGCAAUACGUUGCACGGGGCUUAAUGGAGGAGCUGACAGGCUGAACCUGAAAGAGCUCUUGGCAAGACUGAUGUACCUUGAACAAGAAGAAAGAGAAGAAAGUUUUAGGUUAUAUUGUAUCUAGAUUAUUUUCUGGUAAUUGGUUUAAAUAGUAACUAGAGAGGAUCAAUGUAAGGGAUUUGGAAGGCUGCAUAACAUCCAAGACAAGGUGAUAGGACUGUGAGUUAUCUGAUAUUUAUUGCUCGACUCAAAUAGCUUAUUAAGUUUUUUUAAUUAAUAUUACUUUCACCAUUCUCA